AUGAACUUCGCUUCUCGGAGGAAGAUGAGCGCCAGACGGCGCGAGUCUCGUCGAUGGCGAGAUCCUCUGGAAAAGGCUCUACGGCCGGAGAAUAUACUACUCAAAGAAACCAAUGCGAGCAAGGCGAAAGCGUCUGACGCUAUUCUUCUACUCGGCAGGGCUAUUGAAGAAUGUGGAAUUGAAAACGAAAUCGCGACUUUUUUGAAGAAAAAAUUCGACGAGAAGCAUGGUAAGAUCAAUAUUGCAGAGUCACGUGAACGAUUCAAUGAAAUGGUUCCGAGGAAACCACACUUUUCUCUCUGA